AUGGGUUUUUAUCAAAAACAAUCACUCAUUCGUUCUAAACAAAUUUUCACUAAUAAUUUUGCCUGUUCAACAUCAAGUAGUUCAUUCAUUGAAUCAGAAAGUUAUGCAUUUAAAAAAUAUCUCUGCACCGAUUGUGGUAAAUCAUUUUCACUGAAAACAUCAUUGAAACGUCAUAAAGAAAUAUAUUUAAAUGACGAAUUCUCAUACAUUGACAUGAGUGCAUUAAAUAAUUGGCAAUCAACAUCAAUAGUUGGACGAAAUGGAGCAACGGAAUUAUUCAAUUCAUCAGAUUUUAAUUGUUCGACAUGUGGAAAAGUUUAUCGAAAUAAAAAAAAUUUAAUGAGACAUGUCGAUCUAUCGAAAAAAAAGUGCAUCAACGAUUUCGACGUGGAAUUUCCUGCUUUAUCGAUUUCUGGCAUAAAAAGAAUUCCACUUUUUUGCAGUACACUAUCAAGUGAUGUUUGGAAAAAUUGCAAGACUAAUCUUUUGUGUCUCAAGUGUGGCAAACGUUACAAACACAAUACCUGCAUUUCAUGUACGAAAUCAUACAAAUGGAAAAAGUCACUUCAUCGUCAUGUACGUGAAAGUCCAGAAUGUUGGCCAAUUUUACUCACAUCAGGAAAUAAUGCAUUAUUUCAAUAUCCACAUAAUGGUUCGACCUAUCCAUGUGAAACGUGUGGAAGACAAUAUCGACGGAUUAUUUCAUUACAGAGGCACAAAAAAUUUGAAUGCGGUGUUGCAGCACAAUUUGAAUGUGUCGUUUGUCAUUCACGAUUUAAACAUAAGCACAGUUUACAGAGACAUUAUAAAGUUCAUGUUGCAUUACAAGAGGAAAUUAAUACUAUUGCCGAAUUAAAAUCAUUUAAUCCCAUAACAUCAAGACCAAAUUGGACAUAG